CGCUUAACCGACUGCGCCACCCAGGCGCCCCACACGACCUCUUUUUAAAAAUUUACUUCUUUAUUCUUAAAUAAUCUCUGUGCCCAUCAUGGGGUUCAAAUCCACCACCCCGAGAUCUGGAGUCGUAUGCUCUCCUGACUGAGCCCGCCCCCACGCUGCCUCUUUUAACAUGGGGGUGCGGACCUGGGGCCGGGAGGGCAGGAGGAGAUGAGCUGUGGUUAGAGGUGCAGUGCAGAGCCUGCAAGCAUGUCCCUGGAGCAGACAGGUGCACUGUGCAAGGGCAGGCUGGAGGAGACUGCAGCAGGUCGGGGGGGUCACUCUGUGGGUCUCCGUCAGGGCACGGCAUUCCCUGAGUAGGAAGAGGGCGUCGUGUGUGAGCAGAUUAAAAGGCCUUUCCCUCUCGCAGUGUUGGAGUUAUCUGGGUGUUCCGCCGGGUGGGAGUGAGGCUGCGGUCAGCCCUGUGUCCCGAGGCCUUCCGGGGUGGGCUGUGGGGAAGGGCAGGGUCCAUGACAGGCCCGGGAGGCUGUGAGUGGGAGAAGCAGAGAAGAUUUUACCAAGGCCCCCUAGUCGGGUGGUUGACAUUGUAGCAACCAAACGUCCGUGAGGCGUCUCGGCUACUGGGACUGUUGUCCUUUGUGCUGUGAGUGUCUGCACGGGCACACGCUUAGCCUGGGUCCUCUGACCCUGCUCCGGGUUUUCCAUUCCUCUGUGCGACCUCUUGUGCCAGGCGGGUUGUCAGCAGCCCAACCCCUUGAUUAUGGAAUGCCUGCCUUUCUUCUCCAGCCGCUGAUUUACGCAGCAAAGCUGUUACACCCACCGCUGCAGCACCCGGAAGGUCACUGGAGCCCCGACUGGAGAGGUUUCUCUGGCUCCAGGAAUUUGCUUGCUAGAAAACAGAAUGCAAGACUUGACAGACAGAAUGACUUGGGAUGGAAGUUAUUUGGAAAAGUACCACUCCGAGAGAAUGCUCAGAAAGAUUCAAAGAAAAUACAAAAGGAAUAUGAAGACAAGGCUGGACGACCUAGCAAGCCGCCCUCUCCGAAGCAGAAUGUGAGGAAGAAUCUUGAUUUUGAGCCACUUUCUACCACCGCACUCAUCCUGGAAGACAGACCAGCAAAUCUCCCAGCGAAGCCAGCUGAAGAAGCCCAGAAACACAGGCAGCAGUAUGAAGAAAUGGUGGUUCAGGCCAAAAAACGAGAGCUGAAGGAGGCGCAGCGGAGAAGGAGGCAGCUAGAGGAGAGGUGCCGCCUGGAGGAGAGCAUCGGGAACGCCGUCCUCACCUGGAACAACGAGGUUUUGCCUAACUGGGAGACAAUGUGGUGCUCUAGAAAAGUUCGAGAUUUAUGGUGGCAGGGAAUCCCUCCCAGUGUGAGAGGCAAAGUCUGGAGCUUAGCCAUUGGCAACGAGUUAAACAUCACCCAUGAGCUCUUUGACAUCUGUCUUGCCCGAGCCAAGGAGAGGUGGCGGUCCUUCAGCACAGGAGGCUCCGAAGCGGAGAACGAAGAUGCCGGUUUUUCAGCAGCAGACCGAGAAGCCAGUUUGGAGCUUAUUAAACUGGACAUUUCUAGAACGUUUCCGAAUCUCUGCAUUUUCCAGCAAGGCGGUCCGUACCAUGACACGUUGCACAGUAUUUUGGGCGCUUAUACUUGUUACCGACCGGAUGUGGGUUAUGUCCAGGGCAUGUCCUUUAUAGCGGCAGUGUUGAUCUUGAACCUAGAUACUGCAGAUGCCUUCAUUGCUUUUUCUAACCUUUUGAAUAAACCCUGUCAAAUGGCGUUUUUCCGAGUGGACCAUGGCCUUAUGUUGACCUAUUUUGCUGCAUUUGAGGUAUUCUUUGAAGAAAAUUUGCCGAAAUUAUUUGCUCAUUUCAAGAAAAACAACUUAACUCCAGACAUCUACCUAAUUGAUUGGAUCUUUACCUUAUAUAGUAAGUCUUUGCCCCUCGACCUGGCCUGUCGCAUAUGGGAUGUGUUCUGUCGUGACGGGGAGGAGUUUCUGUUCCGCACGGCCCUGGGCAUCCUGAAGCUGUUUGAGGACAUCCUGACCAAGAUGGACUUCAUUCACAUAGCCCAGUUCCUUACGAGGCUCCCAGAGGACUUGCCCGCGGAGGAAGUUUUCGCCUCCAUAGCUACAAUUCAGAUGCAAAGUCGAAACAAGAAGUGGGCUCAGGUACUGACCGCGCUGCAGAAGGACAGCCGGGACGUGGAGAAAGGCAGCCCGUCGCUCAGACACUGAGGGGACAGGCGGACCCGCGCUCGGCACCGAGCAGACCUCCAGGUGGCACCUUGCGUGGCUUCGGACGCACGCACGCACGCGCUGACCGCGGAUGAGAACGGGCUGUUUUCACGUUUGAUCCUAACACUGGAGUUGGCCUUAAACAAAACAAACAACUUUCAAAGAACUACACCAAGGCUUAGCCUUAAGAAGCUCGGUGGAAAGAUGAGCCAGUGUUGACCAGGGCCAACACUGCGUACUCUGCACGGUUUCAACCUAAGGCAGUGGCUAAUCCCCCCCUCCCCCCUUAUUUCAGCGAAAGUUAAUUAAAUUGUCAUGCUUUUAUGUCAA